AUGGCUUCAGUAUGCAUUCAUCAGUUGGAAAUUGUUUUUGUAAAUAAAGAAAACAACCCUCAGUUGUUUUAUGAUACCGGUAAAAAAAUGCCAAAUUUCUCAUUGUUAUAUCGUAUGGCGUUGGAAAUUUCACGUACUCAACACAGUGACCGUUGGACUUGUGACAAAAUUGAUUGCUUAUUUAACGCUUUGAAUACACAAGCAAGAGAGAAAGUAUCAUUCGUAUUUCGAGAGACAUGGUGUAGACUACCACAACCAUUUAAAAACAUUUUUAAAAAUCUACACAUGCAAAUACUAGAUCAACGUAAGCAAUCGAAGAACGAUUUUACUAUUCUAUUUGAUCCUCGUGUUGAGAAAAUUCAGUUUCAAAACCCCGAGACUGGACUUUUUGACGGUGGUAGCUCUUCUUCGCCAGGCGCAAUUUGUUCGAUUCCCGAUGUUUCUUACUCCCACAUAAAUUAUGAUACCAAUUCAUCUGAGUAUGUUAUUGAAAAUGUUGAGAAAGCUUACGAGAUUAAAUUCUUAUACCCAAUUUGGUUUCAAAGAAGCGAGAUUGGGCUCUUUGAGGAUACGAUUUGGUCGAUUCCCAAUGGUUAUGAAAUUUUAAUAAACGAAUCUAACUCCCAAAAAAAAUGA